AUGGGAGAAGAGAAGGUGAAAAAGAAGAAAGGGAGAGAGACAAUGAACGAGAGAGAGAGGAGAGAAAAACACAGAGCAAGAGAAAAGAACAUUUAUAUAAUCUCUUGUUUCAGAAGACAGAAGAGAAGAAGGGAUAAAGAAAGCCAUGUGGCAAACACAAGUCACUCUCGAGAAGUGGAACAGCAUCACCAGGAGUGGAAAGAGUCAAACGAUUAUUUCCACGGCAUCAAAGACAGGGAUAGGGAAAAGGCCAGGGAGAGGGAAGAGAGAGAUAGACGGCGUGAAAAAAGGCACAAGGAGGCUUCAGACUCCAAGAGGAGUGACAGAGAGUGGAAACAUAAGGAUUCAUCAGGCCAUGACCUGAAUGAAAGGAUAAAUAGAGACAAAGAGGUGGAGAAUGAAGAAACUGAAGAGGACAAACAAUCAAGCAAAGAUGAUCAUAAUGAUUAUGAGGAGGAUUUUGAGGAUUAUGAAGAAGACUUUGAGGAUAUUGGUGAAGAGGAGGAUGAUAAUGAGGAGGAGAACGAGGAACAUGACAAAAAAGUGAGAGAAGACAAGAGGGAGUUGAGUCCCAAGAGAAGAGAAGAGAUUGAAGCCAUUGAUGAGGAAAAUAAGAGAAUCUACUCUGCAAGAUCAAAGCCCACAACCAUAGAGUCAGCUGUCACCCAGAGAGAAAAGCAUUCUAACAGAAGUCGAACUCGUGGCAAAAUUAUUCAUUUUGUAUAAGCAAAGCAGCGAGAGGUCAGCCAGAAAGUGGCCAAGAAACAGAAGCAACGCAGUGAAGAACUUCUGCGUCUGAUUGAUUUAGACUUCUCCAUCACCUUCUCUCUGCUGGACCUCGCUCCUGUCAUUGAGUAUGACAUGUACAUCAAGAAUUUUGGAACAGCCAAUACAAAACAGGCUUAUGUGCAGUGCAAUGAAGACAACGCUGAUAGAGAUAUACAAACAGAAAAAGUAGAUUUGACAGACAAAUGGACACAACAUCCACCAGAAGCAAAUGCAGCAUGUGGAGGAUCUAAGGCAUCUCAAGACACUACAGAUAAAUCCACUUCAAGAAUAACUACUGAUUCUCAACGUCUGACUACAUUUAUACGCUCUGCUGCACAGGUAAUGGCUGUUCUGAUAGAGGAGAAUAUGGCAGAGAGUAAUUCAAUCAGAAGGCUUCACUCUCAAACAGACGCGCUGUCCUUUUGUGAAGGCUGCAUUCAACUCAAUACCAAACUCCCCUUUCUGCAUGGUCGGCAGGUGAGUCUGCUGCAGUUCUCUCACGUCCAGAGACAGACUCUUCUGUCUGUUCAUCCUCCUUCCUUCAAAAGCAGUGCUGUACGGCUUGACUGUGAGACAAUCAUCUGUGUUUGGAACAUCUGGGAACCAUCCAGACCCCAAAAAAUUUGUCUUCGUGAAUCUGAGGUGAGGUGUUGCUGUUUCAGUCCUGGUAAAGUUACACUAGUGUUUCAAGUGAAACAUUCUGGUACUCACUUGAACUUGGUGGUUAGCAAGGAGGUGUGGACACUACGCUACCCAACCUUCUCAACAGAUGCUGUGCUUUCAGAGGGGUGUCCCAUGGUGUCCAUUGAACCUGUACUGGCGACUGCUGAUACAAGUUCAAAGAGUACACUAUCUGCAGACAUAGAUGAGUCUCUGGGACUGUCAUUCCAAUUAGGAUCUCUGGAUGAAAAUGGAGUGUUAACUCUCUGGGUUGUGGUUGAGCUGCCCAAAGGAAAUUAUUCUGGUUCUCAAACAGACCUAGGUCUUAGGCCAGGUGGUAAAGUUAAACUACACCACAGCUCCUCUCUACAGACCACUGAGAAACCUUCUCAAGAUAUUAUAAUGGGAUUUGGACCUCCUGUGAGCUUUCAGUUAAAGUUCCUCCUGUCUGACUCAAACCAUUACUUCAUUGGUACUAACAUGGGUUUGGUUAGACAUGGUACUAGGCACAGCCUAAAAGUUCUUCCAAAGUUCUACAGAUCACAGUUUGAUAGCUGUAGUCCGGUGGAUGUCACAGCACUUGACUUCAGUCCUUCCGAAAAUCCCUUGUUCUUGGUUGGCUGCAGUGAUGGAACAGUCCGAUUGCACUCUGUCCUGAGAGAAGAUUCGUUGAUGGAAUGGUCUGGAUGUUCCAGUGGCGCUUCCAUUCUGUCAGUGCAGUGGUCUCAGACACGGCCAGCUGUGUUCUGUGUUCUGGAUGCUGCCUCUGAUCUUCACAUCUGGGACCUGACUGUGAAGGAUUAUGUGCCAGCUGUCACUGAGAAUAUACACAAAGACCGGGUGAUAACCAUGGCAGUGUUUGGUGAGCCAGCCAAACAGAACACAUUUUCUGGCAUUGCGCACGCCAAGCAGUCCGGCAAGGUGGAGAUUCAGUAUUUUAAGGAGCACCUAUGACAAAGAAAAACUUCAGUCUUUUUUGCACAAUGCUUUUUUGAUAUGAGAUGGAUUCUCAUCCAAAUCAAGCAAAGGUCUAUCUGAGCCCAGAUUCAAAUGAAUUUCCAGUUAAAUCCAUAAUAUGCAAAUGACAGUGGAAAACACAAAAGAGACAUUAGAGAAAGUCAUGCAUAGUAUGGGCAGACCUAGUGAAUUAUAUUUCCUUGUUACAGGUACCCA